AUGGCCUCGCCGCCCACGCCGGCGUGGGUGCUGCUGCUCAGCCUGCUAGCCGGCUGCCUGCCCACCGUCCGGCCCCGCGACUUCACCGUGAAGGACAUCGUCUACCUCCACCCUUCCACCACACCGUAUCCUCACGGAUUUAAAUGUUUCACCUGCGAAAAGGCAGCGGAUAAUUACGAAUGCAACCGAUGGGCUCCGGAUGUCUAUUGUCCAAGAGGUACGAGAUACUGCUUUAGCCAACACACGAUGAGAAUUACUGGAGAGAGUGUGUCCGUCACCAAACGCUGCGUACCGUUGGAGGACUGCCUGUCUACGGGAUGCACCUAUGUCCGGCACGAAGGAUACAAGAUCUGCACCUCCUGCUGCGAAGGAAGCAUCUGCAACUUGCCCCUCCCCAGGAACACAACAGACGCCGUCUUUACAACCCUCUCCCCCCUCAACAAAACACGGAGACUUUCAGGGCCUGUCCUGCUGACGACGGUGUGUCUCUGGCUGGGGCUGAUGUCCCAGCGCUGGGUCACGCUGCUGCCCACGGCCG